AUGCUGGAGAGUAUGUCCCGUCGCUCUCGCUCCCUGCUGUCUCUGACUUUGACCACUCUGGCUCUGGCCCUGUCCAUCCUGGCUCUCUGCACCUCUUAUUGGUGUGAGGGAACACACAAGGUGGUGAAGCCGCUCUGCCUGUCGCCUGUCAAAAUGAAGAACUGUGGUCAGAACAACAGCGAGCCUUACACCACAGGUACAGCUAUUGUGUUUAAUCUCUCUUGACAUGCAGCUAAACUGUGGUUUCUUUAGCUAAAUAUUCACUUUUUGAGCUGAACUUCACCUUUACCUUUACCUUCCAUAGCAGCUUCCUCCUUUUAGGUAUGGGAAUAGAUGGGCCUAGAUGUUUCCAUUUCUCAAAUCAACAGUAAACUGUAAACCUUGAACAGGCUGCCAGUCAGUCACAGCGUUAAAAUACAAAAACACCCUCUAUUCAUACUUACAGCUACAGGUAAUAUUGAUUCAACAAUUGACCUUUAGAGUAUGUCUUUAAAACCUACAUGUGCGUGAUUUAAAAUAAGUAACCUGCACACACUCUGGCCCUUGUCAGGCCAGGAACUUUGUCUCUGUAAAGCAACAAUCACUUUUGUCUUUGUAUCAUUUGUGCGCUUUUUAAAAAAAAUGACAAAGUCGAAGUUGUUUGGAAAAAAAUAGAUAUGACUGAAGGUCUAGUUCAGAGUUUUUAGCUCUUAGUCUACAUCAGCAGACUUUAAUGUCUAUAUACAGUAUAUAAAUGAUGUUGCAUUAGGUAGACUUAAAGAAUGAGGUAGAAUGAGACUUUGUGCAUAGAGAAAAACAAAUUCUUCCCUGUGAAUCGUGAAUAAUAUACUGUUCAUUCUUUCUACCUUUCUUCAUGCCUAAGAAGUACAAAAAGUUUAGAAAAUCUUCCACAGAUUGGAUAUGCAUUUGUUUUGGCAGCAAUUUUACAAACUCAGAUUCUAAUUUGAAGAAUCAACCAGUAUCACAGAAUCAGUCCCUACAGAGAUCAUUUUGUUGGGGUUAACUUGUUUGUUUUACACAGGAAACAGAUGAUAUAUUGCUAAAUUCAUAGACUCCUAAAAUAUUAGCUUUGCUGAGAGUUGUCUUGUCAGUGUGUUUCAGUUAAAGCUCUUGUAGAGAACUUUUGCUUUGUAUUCAUUCUGGCGCCCCCCUGUGGACAAGGCAGUCUUUACUCAUCGUAUCCUCUGCAUGCAUGAUUUUACAAAAAUCUCAACCCUCUGUCUUUUGGCAGAAAAAUAUGUCAUUCAUUGUGAAUUAUUGAAGUAGAAUUAGCAAAAACAGGGCUGUUUCUUGAGCUGCUGAGCAAACACCUAACACAGGUUUGAGGUAUACCAACCAUCAGUCGAGGCGAACCGAGGCGCUAAUAAUCUUGUUUGCUUUUAUUUUCAUAAAUACACAUCAAUGUGAAUUUGAGUCUACUUUUUAAACAUCAGAAAACUCCUCACCAGUAACUCCCUCCCUCUGUAAAUUAAAAUAGAGUCUGGUGGCUUGGAGCCUCUGAUGCAGAGUGAUAUUCUGCUGUUUCUGGUGAAGAAAAGGAUUUUGCAAAACAAGUUUUUUUUAAUGAAGAUUCUUCCAUUAAUGCUGCCAGCAGUGACGGAUAACAGUGUGAGCCAGUCCGUGGUAAAAAUAAACACUUGUGGUUGAAUUUGCUGUUAUUGGAUUUCUGCUGCAGAAUUUAUAUGAGAUUUCUACACCUUUAAGUCAUUCAGGUCAUAAAGAAUGAACAAAUACGGUCCAUUUUAAAAUCAAGAAAUGACCUUGAGACUGAUUGAGGUAAAUCCAAACAAUGGUGAGGUGUAUCGGACAAAACUGAUGCUAUUAUAUCAGGUUACAUGUCCUCGUUUGAGGCCUGCCGAUAGGUCAUUUGCAUUUACUGUUUCAUCAAAUAUUCACUUGUUGUUUUCCAGCUUAACUUUGGCCUUGACUUCUGAACCUCGUUACAAAAGUACUUAUUAUCUUUUAUUUUUGAACUGUGACGCUGUGUAAAACCAAUGCCUAAAAAUAAUCUGGCUGGAUGAUAUGACAGGCUUCUCCACCUGCUAGUAACUGAUUGUCCUUGGUCUUUGUGUUUUUAAUCCCUUUUUGCCCAUACCUUAGUCCUGGAGUGAACUUGCUUUUGGCUCAGUAUUAAUCUGUGGGGUGUGAGAGUCCCUACCAAAGGUUUAUUCCCCCUCUGAGGAGAGGGUUACAUUGCCUGCUGCCUGGUUUUAAUUUCUCAACAGAUACACUUAAUCCACACUGAGAUUAACAGCUCUCCCCCGAAUAGAGGACUCCUCUUUGAUCUCUACGUGGACCUUUAGUACUUGUCCAGAGGGAUCCAACUUUACUGUGGCUAAAUUAACUUUUCCGUAUGUUCCAAAUUCAGAUUGACAAACACAAAUGGGUUGGGAAGUAGUUGCUUUUUCAAUCCCUUUCACUAGAACUCUAGCAAUUCUGUGCUGACACACACAUGCAUGUAGUGUGUUUGGUUUUUAUUACUGUUUUUAUUACUUUUGCAUCUCCCUGAACUCUUGGGUCUCUCAAAUGUGUUUUGAUGUUAACUCAGCUGUUCAUGCAUUUGCUGCACAUUUGAGAUUUUCAUAGAUUAGUUGUUAAAGCUGAAACUUCACAGAAAGUGCUGUGAUUGGUAGUGACACAUUUGGAUAAAUUCAAGUCUGGAUUUGUGAGCAUGAUGACAUUGGAGUCUGUGCCGUCAGUGGUGUCAAAAUGAUCCUGCUACCAUCUCUGUUAUCCAUAUCUCAUUGUCACACAGAGAGUCCCACUCAGAACCCCUUCAACCGCACCCUAUCUCCCGCCAGGAGGGACGAGCUGGCCAAAAUCAGACAGAGGCAGCUGGCCAACGCGGUGCACUACAUCUGGGAAACCGGAGAAGACAAGUUUGCUUUCAGAUACUUCCACACAGGAUUCUGGGAAAGCUGUGAGAAGCACAACGACGGUGAGACCACAAAGCACAAUCACAAUUACACACAGCUGCUCACAGUUACAGUUGUACUAGGAUGGAUGUAUUCUGGUGAAUCACAAUAUCUGUCCAUUGUGUCCACAGGAGAGAAAUGUCGAAGUUUUAUAGAUCUAGCACCUGGGGAGACACAAGGUGAGUUGUGCACCACUCUAAAAUCAUUAAAAGAUCAUUUCUGGCGUACAGAGUUUUUACAUAUCAAUCAAUCAAUCAAUCAGUCUUUAUUUGUAUAGCACUUUUCAUACAAAAAUGAUGUAGAAUGAAAUAAAAACAACAGUGAAAGAUACUGAAAUAAGAGCACCAAAUAAAAGACGAUCCUGUCAUAACUAAAAAGAGAUAAAUGCUAAAACACUUCAACAAAGUUAAUGAUAUCAAAUUUAAUUAAAAGCAAGACUAAUAAGGUACAUUUUGAGUUUGCUUUUAAAUGUUCUUGUGUGUUUGUGUCUGCUGCAGGAGUUCUCUGGCUGUCAGUGGUUUCAGAGUUUACAUACAUUGGCCUGCUUGGGAUGGGCUUCUUACUCAUGUGGUUGGAAGUCUUGUGCUCGCAUAAAGAGAUGCACUCGCUAAAAAUCAAUGCCUAUGCAGCCAUCUGUACUGUGUUAUCAGGUAAACAAAAAAAAGACUUUCCUUCAAUUAAAAACACAACCAGCUUUGAAGAAAUGAUCCUGUUGUCUAGUUUUUGUUAAACUAAACUGUUUUUUGUUCAUUUCAUUCUUCAUGUAGGUUUACUUGGGAUGGUGGCCCACAUGAUGUACACCACAGUAUUUCAGAUGACAGUCAUUGUGGGACCGAAAGACUGGAGGCCUCAGUCUUGGGACUACGGCUGGUCAUUUGCGUAGGUGGCUCCUCUUCAGGGUGUACAAACCUGUGUUAGUCAAGCUUCUACACAAUAACAGAGAAAGAAAAUGUAUGAUGAUGCCUCUCUUCUGCCUCCUCCUAGUCUUGCCUGGGUGUCCUUCAGUUGCUGUAUGGGUGCUGCCGUGGUCACACUCAACUCCUACACAAAAACCAUCAUCGAGCUCCGCCGCAGACAGAGGCUGCGUUUGGAGGAAGCAAGAGCCGCCACUCACGCUCCGGCUUAUGACGAGGUGGUUCCAGGAGGUGGGCUUUACUCUGUGAGCGGCCUUUUGCAGUGUCCAGAGGGUAUGAUCGAUGUGGCGUGGGCCCCGAAUGGAAGCAUGGUUGGAGUGGGAAAUGGGGAUGUACCAACACUGGUUUUAGUGGGAGGCUGUGGGCCAGAAGGAUGUGAAGACUGUGAGAGGGAGAUGGACGAGAUGGAGGAGGCCAUGGACCGGGUUGACUCACCUUGUUAG